AUGGCAGUAACAGUACGGGGCGCGGUGUUGCAGGCGGCGGCGUGUCGUUCAGCGCGUGGGACGUGUCGGGCGCGGCGCGGCACCGCGCGCUGUGACAGCGGCGGCGUGUCGUUCAGCGCGUGGGACGUGUCGGGCGCGGCGCGGCACCGCGCGCUGUGGGAGCGCCACUACCGUCGCGCGCACGCGCUCAUCUUCGUGGUGGACGCCGCCGACCACUUGCGCCUCGUGGUGGCCCGCGAGGAGCUGGAGUUGUUGCUGUCGCACCCGGACACGUGCGGCCGCCGCCUGCCGCUGCUCGUCUUCGCCAACAAGAGCGACGCGCCGCACGCGCUCGCGCCCGCCCAGGUCGCCGCCGGUACGUACACGCCCCCCCACCCGGCGCCCCCCCCCCCCCCCGCGCCCCCCACUCACCGGCCCACUGUUGCAGCGCUGGGGCUGGAGCGCAUCACGGACAAGCCGUGGCACAUCUGCGCGUCGUGCGCGCUGUCGGGCGCGGGGCUGGCGGACGGAGUCGCCUGGCUCGCGCGACAGAUACGCGACGCGCACCUGCCGCACCCACACACGUAG